AUGUUUUUACGAACCAGAAUUUUCCCAUGUAUUUUUAUUUAUUUUGAUUUGUUGGGUUGUUUUUACAAUUGUAAAAUGAACUUUAAAACUUGUUUGCUAUUUAUUCAAACAUUAACAUUUGAUGUUUUUACAACUUGUUUUUUUUUCAGAAUUCAGUUUGACUACAAAACAUGUUUUGGAUUGUUUCUCCUCUCAAACUUGACAAAUUAUUCACAACAACAAACAACAAUUAUUUGCAGCAUUAUUUUAAUUACAACAUGUUUUGGAUUGUUUCAUUCUGAAGGAUUUGGUUUUGCUCUGUUUGGAUUGGUGGUUAGGAGGUGGGGAGUUUAAUUUAAAUUUUUUUGAGCAUUUUGUGAGAAUUUUUUUUUCAAUUUUUUUAGUUUUAAGAAUUUUAUUAAUUUAUUUAUUAAAUUUGAGAUCAAAAAAUUUUUUUAAUUUCAAAAAUUAUUUUUCAUUUUUUAAAAUUUUAAAUAGAUUAUUUAUUCAUUCCCAUUUAUAUUUUAAUUUUAAUUUUAUUUAUUUUUUCCCAUUACCUUCUAAUUUUUCACUCUUAUUUUUUCCAAAUCCUAUCAACCUCUUUCUUUUUUUAAAAAUCUUUUCCGGCUGAACUUUUAAUUUUAAAAUUUCCGUUCCUCAAUUUAUUUUAUUUUUCUUCUCAUUAAUUUUUAAAUUAUUUUCCCAAAACAAAUUUGCCUCAAUUUAAUUUAAAUUUCUUCCUUAAAUGCGCAAAAGACAAUAAAAAAUUCUUUUUUUUUUACCUUCUAAUUAAAUAAUUUUUUUCUGUUACAUUUUUUGUGUGGGGUUAUAAUUUAGGGACGUUUCAUUGCGAAGCCUUGUAAUUAUUUAUGUUUUUGUUCUUGUAAUUUUCAAACAUAUUUACAAAUUCUGAUUUUUAUUGUAAUUCUAAUUUUGUUUUAAUUUAUAUUUCUGAGCUUAAUUCUGAAUUUAUUUGUUUUACAUUUUCAAUUUUUCGAUUGCAACUUUUUUUACAAUUGUUGCUAGU